CGGCGCCUGCCAACCUUACCAGUCUUCAGAGCAGCACUCCUUCCCACCCGACGACAUGAUAGAACCCUCUGAAGACUCAUUUGAGACGAUGAUGGAGCGUAAGAAUCCAUCAUCAAAACAAAUGGAGUCCUCCGAGGGCUCAUCCAACACCAGCGAGGAGCCAGCGGGCAGUGGCGCAGGGGCGGCGGGGGCGGCCGGCGGCCCCGCCCCGGAGGCGGCAGAGCUGCUCAUCGACCUCCUCCAAGACAUGGAGGAGCCAUCCAGUGGCCCACAUAGGGACAUCACGGAUCCACCCAAUGACCUACUCCAAGACCUGGAGGAGUCAUGCCACGGUGAAGAGAAGGAGCCGGGGGGGCCGCUCGGCGAGGCACCUGAGGAGAUGGAAGAGACGCGCGCCACGCCCUGGGGAGACCAGGAGGAAGAGGAAGACAGCACUGACCUGCCCGAGCUGGACGAAGAGGAGAGCCCACUGGAGCAGACCGACGCCUCGACCGCUGAAGUCAUGGGUGCAGUGAGGUCCCUCAUCUCUCUGUACUUCCGGAUGCAAGACCUCAGGGAGCAACAGAGGGUGGCAGAGGAGAUCCUGAUGGGGGCCAUCAGUGCCGGCCAGUUACCCGCACCCCGGCAGUUCUCGGGUGACCGCCGAGAGUACCACGAGUUCAUCGUGCUCUGCCAGCUGAUCCUGCAGAGCUGCCCGCGCAUGUUCUACAGCGACCGCCUGCGCGUGGGCUACGUAGUCUGCCACCUCUCGGGCACCGCCCUGGAGUGGGCGCAAGCUCUGCUUCAGGAGGACAGCCCCCUCACCCACGACUUCCCGGCCUUCCUGGAGGCCAUGUCUGAGAUGUUCGAAUACCGGCAGGCCCUGCGCGUGGCCGAAGAGGCCAUGUUCAACAUCAGGCAGGGCGAGCGCUCCGCCCUCGACUACAUCACCGAGUUCCAGGGCCUGGUACCCACCUUGGGCUGGCCAGAUGAAGUCCUGCAGGCCCACCUGUGCCAGGGGCUCAAUGAAGAGAUCAGGCACUACCUGUUCCGCAUCCCACAGCCGGACUCGCUCAACAGCCUAAUGGUGCUGGUCCUGCAGAUAGAAGAGAAGCUGGCGGAGAGAAGGGCCAUGCUCAGGCUGCCCCCCGAGGCCCGCCCCCGGAACCUGACCUGGAUCGACUCACCUGCGCCUGAGCGGUGGAUGGUGAGCAGCUGGCUGCCCUCCGAAGGGCACCCCGCCAUCAAUCGUGACCACCUCUUCCUGCUCCUCAUGGUGAGGGUGAACCCCUACCACAGCGUGGCAGUCCGGGCCCUGGUGGACUCCGGGGCCAGCGGCAACUACAUGGACGAGAGGUUCGCCCAAGAGCACUACGUGGAGCUCUAUGAGAAGACUUACCCCAGCCCGGUCCACACCGUGGACGGCUCGCUGAUCGGCAGCGAGCCCAUCUGGCUCUACACCGAGCCCCUGGUGUGCAUCCACCAGAACCACCAGGAGUCUCUCAAAUUCGACAUCGUGCCGUCACCCAACUUCUCCGUGAUCUUAGGCAUGGAGUGGCUCCGAGUCCACAGCCCGGAGGUCGACUGGGCCAGAGGCCGCUGCACCUUCCACUCUCCCUACUGCCUGAAGAAUUGCUUCCGCCCACCCCCACCAUGCAUCGCCCUGGAGAGACAUGCCAUCAGCCUGCUGCCCGGAUUGCCGCCCCUGUACUCCGACCUGGCCGACGUGUUUAACCCGAAGGAAGCAGAUGAUGAGACAUCCGACCAGCCAAGCUCAGACGGAUCCGAUGAUCUUUCUGAAUCAGAGCCCUCUGAGCUUCAGCAGGCUGGAGACAGUGAUCACAGCGAGACCUUUUACGAAUGUCCCUCCACCGCGCCGUGGGAACCUGUGGGUGCCGAGAUGCAAGAAGCAGCCAAGCCAGACGUGUACUGGGACACACAAGACAUGCUGGACAGCAAGCAGGACUACAUACAGGUGAUCCCCGAGCUGUUCGACCCCCUGCAUGGGGCCACAUGGUUCACCAAGCUGGAGCUGCGGGGGACCAUCGUGGAGGAGAGCCUGAACAUCCACCACGUGGAGGACGUGUGGCAGGCGGCCUUCGGCCUGCAGCGCCAGGAGAUGGAAAGCUACCGGCCCUUCGUGCUCUGCUCGGACCCCAUCAUCCGGCAGAGCGUCAUCCACUUUAUCCUCAAGGACAUGCUGGGCUACUUCGUGCUGUCCUACGGACAGGACGUGCUCAUCUACUCCAUGAGCCAGGAGGAGCACGUGCAGCACGUGCGCCAGGUGCUGGUGCGCUUCCGCUACCACAGCGUCUACUGCUCCCUGGACCGGACCCAGUUCCACCGGCACACGGUCGAGUUCCUGGGCUUCGUCAUCACCCCCAAGGGGGUGAAGCUCAACAAGAGCAUCGUCAACACAGUCACGGGCUACCCCACCCCCGGCUCCAAGAAGUCCCUGCGCCACCUGAUGGAGUUCAUUGUCCCCUACCGACACUUCGUGGAGCGCUUCGCCGCCAUCACUGAGCCCCUGGUGCGGCAGCUGCAGACCGAGCAGCCCUUCUACUGGGGCGACGAGGAGCAGGAGGCCUUCGAGAGCCUGAAGCGGGCAUUCCGCAAGGCGCCCCUUCUCCACCACCCCAAGCCCCAGAACCCCUUCUACUUGGAGACCGGCGCCACCAGGACGGCGCUGUAUGCCUCCCUCAUCCAAGUCGACGAGCAGACCGGCAAGAGGGUCUGCUGCGCCUUCUACUCCCGAACCACCUCCCGGCUGGAGGACAACUACUCCCCGCUGGAGAUGAAGAUCCUUCCGAUCAGGGCUGCCUUCAUGGUGUGGUGCCGCUACCUGGAGAACACCGAGGAGCCCAUCAUGAUCCUUCUCAACACAGAGGAUCUAGCCUCUCUGAAUGAUGACAGGCUCACCGUACUUCUCCCGGGGCAUUGGGUCUUCUUCUUCUCCCACUUCAACUUCGACGUCAUGGAGCGGCCAGACCAAGAGGGCGGCCGACCCGGAGCGCCCCUGAGGAACCCCCACCGCAGGGGGCUCUCCCGCAGCACUGCCACUCGGCCCAGGAUGCUUUUCGCCCUGGGAGGAUCCCGCAGGGAUCAGCUCGCAGAGUCGGGGGAGGAAGACGACCCAGAGGAAGCGCCCCUGCAGGAUGAGCCUAGCGGGCUGAGCCUCCAGCAGGAGUUCCUGUCCCUCAUACCCAUCGACCAGAUCCUCAGCGCCUUCCUGGCCCACUACAGCGUCGCCCAGAUCAGGGCCGUCAUCCUGCACUUCUUCCGAGGCCUGCUCUUCUGGAAGAACACCCUGGCCGUGGCAGCCCUGCUGGUGCUGCUGAGGGCCCGGCAGCGCCCUGCCCUGCUGCCCGCCCCCACCCCGGGGGCUCGGCCCCUCGCCAGGAGCUCCUUCCGAGUCCUCCUGGACUCGCCCCUGCUCACGGGCAGUGGCAUCGCCAGCGCCGUCUCGCGGUUCCUCACCCACGUGCCCGCCCUGGUGGGCACCAGCGCGGUCCCGGCCGAGGAGUUGGCUGAGCUCUCCCUGGGCCCCGGCCACUGGCAGGGCAGCACCCUGCUCCCCCAGGGCCUGCAGUUCACUCCCGGGUUCUGGCUGAUGCUGUGUGAGCUCUUCGGGGUCAGGGUGACCCCGCGAGAAGGAAGCCGCCCCCUCCCGCCCAGGUACCACUCCCUGGAGCUGCACGUCGUGGGUGAUGAAGAUGUCGUCUUGCGAGAAGCCCUGCAAGACGACCUGCAACGUUACCGUCAGAGUGGCCUGCAUGACGGCCUGCAAGACAGCUCGCAGGACGCGCAGGCCGCCGACGUGCAGCAGGCCCCGGGCACCCGCGCCUUGCUCGCCCUCCGGCCCCGCGGGCGCCCCCCGACCGACACCGACGUGCUGGCCUUCCUCCACAGCCGCCCCGUCCGCGCCCGCCCCGCGGCCGACCAGGAGCUGGCGGCAAGAGCCCUGACCCGCUUCCUCGCCGCGGUCUAUGCGUGGGCACCGGGCCCGCGCCAGCCCCAGGGGAGCUCCCGGCUGCAGGAGCUGCCCGAAGACCCCGACGACGCCGGCCUCCACUGA